GUGUACGCGUGUGUACGACCUGUUUACUGAAGUCAGCUGUGUGUAGUCGUAGAAGUAGAAUGAUGGUGCGAAAUGAUGCACGUAAUUCGACAAAUUAAUUGUUCAUUACUACGGACAGGUAUUGGUUUUCCACUGAAGACGAGUUGCUCUUGUUCCACCAAAACCACUACAAUCAAAGCUCCAAAGGCAUCAAGACAAUGGCAAGUGAAGGCAGUGAAGCAGGGGCAGCCUACUCAUGCAACACAUCCACAUCUCUUGCAGGAGGGAGAGCUUUUACCAGGAGUGAGACAGGACGAAUUUCGAGAGAGAAGAUUUCGACUUAUGGAGGGGAUUCACAGACAUGCUUCAAAACAUGAUAACAGUUUGAAACAGCACCUGGUAGUCAUACCAUCAGCUACAAAAGUCUACAUGACAGAGAAGAUUCCAUACAUCUUCCGUCAGAAUACAGACUUUCUCUAUUUGAGUGGGUGCCUUGAACCAGAUAAUGCCCUUGUGUUGACUGGGACUAGAGGAGAUGACCAUGUAUCAACACUGUUCGUACGCAAACAUGAUAUGCAUUCUGAACUGUGGGAUGGACCACGCACUGGAGUGGAAGGUGCACCUACAUUGUUUGGUGUUGACCAGGCUUACGCAUUGACUGAUCUUGAGCCGUUUAUCGCUUCCUUUACACGAAGUCAUCGAAGCUUCAUCCUGUGGUAUGACUUUAUGAAUCCGCUUCAGCCAGAUGUGCAUAGAACGUUGCGUGAAUUUUUAGGAGAUGCGUGGAAUAAGAUGUGGGAGUCCCCGAAGCCAUUCAUCCAUCAGCUUCGUCUGUACAAGUCCCCAGCUGAAGUGGCUCUCAUGAAGGAUUCAUGCAGGAUUGCAAGUGAUGCUAUUGCUGCUACGAUUGCAUCUUCAUAUCCUGGCGUAACUGAGCACCAGCUGUUCGCACGUGUGGACUACGAGUGCCGGAUGAGAGGGGCUGAGUACCUGGCGUAUCCACCAGUUGUUGCUGGUGGAGAUCGUGCCAACAUCAUCCACUACAUAAGCAACAAUCAAGUCGUGACUGAGGGCGAGAUGGUUCUCAUGGAUGCUGGCUGUGAAUAUCAUGGCUACAGCAGUGAUAUCACACGAACAUGGCCAGUGAGUGGGCGCUUCUCCCAAUCUCAGCGUGACCUGUAUGAAGCCGUUCUGUCUGUACAAACUGAGCUAAUUAGAAUGUGCGCUACACUUCCCUCACUGGAUAGUCUGUUCCAUGCUAUGUGCAGUUUGCUGGGUCUGCGUUUGCAGGAACUGGGUGUUCUCUCCUCUCGCUCCACACAGGAUGAACUUUCAAGGGCUGCUUACAGCUUCUGUCCACAUCAUGUCAGCCACUACCUUGGCAUGGAUGUGCAUGACACUGCCCUCAUCCCGCGGAGUGUCCCUCUUGAACCAGGAAUGGUGAUCACCGUGGAGCCAGGAAUUUAUGUGAGUCCAUUGAACAAGUUAGCACCCUCACAGUACCAUGGGCUUGGAGUGCGAAUAGAAGAUGAUGUUCUUAUCACUGCUUCAGGGCCCAUUGUCCUUACUGCUGGAUGCCCAAAACAAAUCGAUGACAUAGAAAAACUGAUGAGCAAUCAACAGUCUAUGAACUCGUAAAUACAGAUUUUUAUGCCUUGUCUUCAUGUCUUCAAGUGCAAAACCUAGAGAGGUGUGCCACAAAUCAGUGCCAAAGUAUGACGACUGAUUGCAGAAGAAUGUGCAUGAUUAUGCCUUGAUAACUCUAAUAAUUGCAAUGAGCUGUCUGCAGUUUUUAAUAAUUUUGAAUACCGUAAAUUUCAUAUAUAUUUUGUUUCUGAUUAUAGAAGUGCAUGAUAACCUAUGAUACAGUUAUUUUCUUCACUAAAUAUCUUGUUCAUCUGAAUGUGAAACAGUUUGUUGUGUGUAUGCUAGCUAUUUCAGAACAUGAAGAACAUACUGUUGCCUUAUAAGAAUGAGCCCUCUCAGGGCUUACAUUUUGUUUAAUUAUUUCCUGUCUUUUAUAUGAACCUGCUCCUUCCAUCUUCAGUAUGAGUGCAUGUAGUCUGAAGUGCAAGCUGGUGGAUGAUUACCAAUAUUUUACAAAAAUUUGCUGCCUUCAUUUUCAGGUACACUGAAAAAUAGAGGCAAUAGGUUUUUAAGAAAUGUUCGAAAACCAUCUACCAGACGACAUGGCUACAUAUCACAGAAGAUCACAGUCUUCAUUUUCACUGCCAUGAGAACUUCAAACAAUAUAGUGGAAAUUUUUAAGAAUAUUAACCUUGAAGAGCCUAGUGACACUGUAUGGAGACCUUUAAAGUGUAGCCGAGUGGCCGUGCGACACCGUAUGGGUACGCCCAGUCCAUUAGUGCGCACAGUGUUUUAAAAUCUAAUUUUAAGAUAUAAAUUCUUGUUCUACUUAAAUUAUUUUUGGGCACCCGCUUUAUAAGUAGACAGUCUUCCCUCCUGUGUCAUCUAACUGAAUACAGAGUCUGACAUUGCAAUUCAUGCACUUUGUCCAGAUGUAACUCCAUUUGCCAUGCAAAGAGCACACACGACACCUCAGUCUCGUAUUAGAGGAAGUUGGCCAGUGAUGUCUAGUAGCCUCCUCUAAUCGUAACGCUUAUAAAAGAUCGCAAUUUCAACUAUCCACCAUGGCCUCAUUUCGCAUGGCAGAAGCUGAAAUUGAGAGGCCGCUGAUAAAUGACACUGAUUCAGAAUGUGGUAUAGACGACUCCGAAAGUGGCGAAGAAGCAAGGGGGAAUUGUGGGGCUAUUCUGAGAACAGUACCUCUGUGUGGCUAGUCCGAGAUAUACACAGUCAGAGUUUUUGAAGGACAAAGUACGAUAAGACUUUGCCCACACUCGUGCAUACAGAAAGGUUCUGAUGUGACUGGAGAAUGUGCAAUACAAACGUAAACUUCCUCCCCUUUUGCCAGAUAAGACAUAGUAAGACAGGAUGUCAGCAGCAUGCAUUUAUACUGCAGAAACGUUUUGUGCAGAAACUGUAUGCAUAUUUGUGGACAGAUGCUCAA